CGUCACUCACAGCCCACGCCGUCCAAUACCCUGCCGAUCAGAUGUACGUUACACGCCUUUCCCCUCUCAUCCUCUUCUCUUCUCCCGGCGGCGCUUUUCCUCUACACCUCCGGCGCAAGAUAGCAAUCCGCUGUUCUCCUUCAAAAUUCAAGCACCGUGGGGUCAUAUGGCGAGCCCCGCCGCGCAGAGAAAGCCUCGGGCGAACGCAGGCGGCCGCGAGGACUGCUGGAGCGAAGGCGCGACGGAGACUCUGGUACAAGCGUGGGGCGAUCGGUAUCUCAAGCUCAAUAGAGGUAACCUCCGUCAGAAGGACUGGAAGGAUGUCGCUGACGCCGUUAAUUCUCGUGAGAACGGCGUGAAGCCCCAGCGGACGGAUAUUCAGUGCAAAAACCGGGUGGAUACUCUGAAGAAGAAGUACAAGCUCGAGAAAUCCAAACCGUCUCCGUCGGCGUGGCCGCUUUACUGCCGUAUGGAUUACCUCGUCGGCACUGCUCCGCCGCCGUCUUCUAACGGGAAAUCGACCGCCAUCAAGCAGCUGACAGCUAAGCCGGAACCCAACCCAAACCCUAACCCUAGCGCUUUAGUUUUUUCAGGCGGUUCGUCUAAGCUCAAUUCCGAUGGCUCUGAGAGCAGCUCGCUUGGAGAAGGCGCAGGGGAGGAUGACCUGCACUUUGGUGGUGCAGGGAGGAAGCGUAAACUAGAGGGUGCUGAUUUCUUGAAGGAAGUUUCCGCACACAAGGAAUUGGCUCAGGCUAUAUUGAAAUUCGGAGAGAUAUACGAGAGGAUCGAGAGCUCGAAGCAGCAACAGAUUAUGGAACUAGAGAAGCACAGGAUGGAGGUAUCAAAAGAACUUGAGGUCCAGAGGAUGAAUAUGUUAAUGGAAGCUCAACUGAUGAUGGCUAAAUCGCUAAAAUCUGCUAAACAAUCUCGUGCAGGGGAUGAAGCUGUGGCCAAGGCAAGUUGAGCAUUAAGUGGGGGUGUGUGCCACCCACUGAAAUGAUUGAUAUCAUUUAGUGGAUUGUGUAAAUUGUAUGCUGUGCUGAAAAAUCAAUGCAACGUCUCUCAAGUACUUUUAGACCAGUACAGUUUAAGGUAAUUCAUUGCUGUCAUGUGAUUGGUCUAUUCAAUGUCGUUUUGCCAGUAUUCAAGAACCCCGUUUAUUUAACAUCUUGAGUUGUAAAUGUGUACCGUAAUGUAAACUGUUAUUCUCAGGAUUAAGACUGCAAAAAAAUGAUAGGGGAUAUAAAUUUACCAUCAUAUC